GGAGCCCGAUGUGGGACUCGAUCCCGGGACUCCAGGAUCAUGACCUGAGCCGAAGGCAGUUGCUUAACCAACUGAGCCACCCAGGCGCCCCUCACAUAACUUUUAUUAUAAAAUAGCUAUGACUGUUCUAUUAUUACUGUUAUCUCUUACUGUGCCUAACUUAUACACUUUAGUAUUCCUGGCUUCAGGCAUCCAUGGCGGGGGGGGGGGGGGGUCUUAGAACACAUACCCAUGGAUAGGGUGGACUCCUAUACUUGUUCCACCUGAUGUAUAUCCUUCAGAAGAAGACCUCUCCUACUUUUGUAUCCCACAGCACAACCUUCAUACCCACGUCAUAUCACAACUUAUGUUUUAUUUUACUCCCGCCUGGUUCUCCUACAUUACACCUGGAGCUCUUUGCUGUCAGAGAUUUUGUCUUAUGCACUUUUAUAUUUCCAGCAUGUGAGAUGGGUGCUUCAGCAUGUUUGGGGAAAAAAAAAGAAGGAACAACAGUGUCAUGAAAGUACAUUGUCACUUGAGGGCAACAUGUGAACGGUGAGCACCACAAUGCAGUGCAUUUCUGCCUGUGUCACACUGUGAAUGACAACCCUGUUCCUCUUAAACUACUCGAGGGUCCCACAGUGCCAAUCCUUUCUCCCCCCGGAGAGAGAGAGACAGAAUGCGCACAGGGGAUGGAGCAGAGGGAGAGACAGCACCUUAAGCAGGCUCCGCACCCAGCACCAAGCCUGACAUGGGGCUCGAUCCCACGGCCCUGAGAUCAUGACCUGAGCCAAAGUCAAGGGUCGGACGCUUAACCAACUGAGCCACCCAGGUGCCCUAGUGACGAUCCCCUUUAAAAGCGCACGUCUCAUAUCUGUACCUGGAGGAAGCAUCAGCGCGAUCACGGCUCACAUGUGGCUAUAACUUGCUGCCCUUGCCUACUGCAGAAUCAAGGAAAAUUCAUGGUUGAGCAACUGGGGAAUGAGGGAACAUCUCAGGUGCUAAAAAUGGAAGAGUGAAAUGAAAAUCAGAGUUUCAAGUUAGUAACUGAGCUACGGCAGUUCCCGGGGCCUUUGCUUGUUUACAGCCUCUGUGGAGACAACAGAUGAGGCCUGGCUGACUCCAGGAUGACGGUGGGAUCCUAAGCCCCUGUCCAGAGCUGGACCCCAGAGGGCUAACCCCUCUGUGUAAAGGUAAACUAGGAGAAAUCCAUCUGCUUGCAUGGAGACGCUGGGCUGGGAGUCCAUGGAGGCCAAGGUGACCAGAAUUUAAAGGGAACAGAAAACUGCACCACCACAAACUGAGGUAAAUCCUGCAAACAAGCGUCUGGAGAUACUGAAAAUGACAGAGUAGGCAGUUAGCGACAGAGGAGCUGGAGGCAGCGGUGGUGGUAACUAGAGAUUUUCGUGGUUCCCACCUCCCGGAGCCUUGAGAACAGUAACAGCAGGUGCAGAGCACGCACUCUCCUUCCCAGCCGUGCCCUACAAGGUCCUGUAGCUUCGUUAUAAUAUAUUCGCGCUGCGGCUCUGACAGCCCCCAGCCCACCCUGUCGGGGAAGAUGGCCACGACCGCCGGCGGACCUCUCCUGAGGGCUAAGAGGAGUUCCUUGGAUGAUGAGAAACCACCUCAGUCGGAGACCACCCCAGCUCUGACCCAUGACCUAUGCAAACACAGGAAGAAAAGCCACCCCGAGUCCAGUGGGUCGCCCUCCGGGCGGGCGGCUCUCCCACCUCGAGCGCACUCUCCUCGCGAAACCGCGCUGCGCUUGCUACCUUCCCUUGGCGGUGUCUGCAUUCGAGCGCGGACCCUUCCAAGGGAACCCAAGAACCGGGCUCACGGUCACACAACGCUGAACCUCCCACCGCUCACAAAAACACCUCCAUCAGAUCUUUCCAAACUAAGGAUGGAAACGGGCUCCCCUCCCAGGAGAAGCGCACGAGAGGUCAAACGCAGGCACGAAAGAAAAAGCCAUCUUUUCGUGCCUUGUUGAGCCUGCCGUCAAGAAGACAGCUAGGAGCAACGACCAGAGCCCUCCCGCGGCUGCCCGUAAGGGUGGACGCAGAACGGCAAUGUAAGCUGGGCGGCGGCUUUGCAGACUAAGGCUUUGUUCUGAGAGACUUCCCAGCUGAGGACAUACCUGUGGCCGCAGCCCCUGCCCCACCCUCUCCCUCGGGCCCUUACCACCCUCACGCACCCGCCCCCCGGCGUGCUCCCACUCCCCACAGCUGCCCUCGGGGCUGCCCACAACCACGGUUCGGGUCCGUCACGGCGCCCCGGAGCUAGCCACCGCCGGCGGCGCGCACGCCUCCGCCAGACGCCGCCACGGGCCCAGCCCGCUCACCGCCCAGGCGCGGCCAGAGGCGGCUCCUCAGGCGGGUCUUCCGGCGCCGGCGGAAGUUGGCUUCGGAGCGGGGUCUGCGCACGCGCGCUGGGGCCGCUCUAGGAUGUCGGAAGGACGUCCGACUCUGUGGUUGCUCCGCCGCUGCGCUGUCGCGGGGGAGAACGGGUGGGGGGAGUCCCGGGUGGCGCCUCCUGUCUUUCCUCUCUUCGAUCCUCGACUCAGGAAUUGCGGAGAGGCCCUUCUUUGCCAGCCCCGGUCCCAGCUCCAGCGGUGACCAAGCGGCCGCGUCCCUUCCCCGCGGAUCAUAAAUAACCGCCCCUGUUCCAGCGUCGUGGCGGCUCGGCGCUCCGGCAGCACUCAGCACUCGCGAAGGUAAUGCGGCCCUUUGGGCUUUAACCCGCCAGAACGCACGCGUGGUGACAGCAGUAUUGGCCGUUCAUCGAGUCCCUGCUCCGUGCCCGGCGGUGCCAAGCGCCCCCCGCGCGCCAGGUGUGCGUGCGUCUCACCCUUUCCAGGGCAUUGCCUUCCUGACUGACACUGGAGGGAGAGUCCUGAUGAGCCGCUGACAUCUGUCCACCUGGGUCCUCAGGAAAAGACUGCAAUGUCCCAGACACGGGAUUAUGAAUGUGAGAGCCAUGACGCUGGUGUGCAAGAGCCCCGGAUUUCAGGAUCAAGCACGAGGCUGGAGUGGGUGGAGAUCAUCGAGCCGCGCACCCGUGAGCGUAUGUAUGCCAACCUGGUCACGGGCGAGUGCGUGUGGGACCCUCCUGCCGGCGUCCGCAUCAAGCGCACCAGCGAGAACCAGUGGUGGGAGCUGUUUGACCCCAACACAUCCCGCUUCUAUUAUUACAAUGCCAGCACCCAGCGCACCGUGUGGCACCGGCCGCAGGACUGCGACAUCAUCCCACUGGCGAAGCUGCAGACCCUGAAGCAGAACACUGAGUCACCCCGCGCCUCAGCGGAGAACAGCCCCGGGAGGGGCAGUGGCGUCAGCCGCGAGGGCAGCACCAGCUCCUCCCUGGAGCCCGAGCCGGAUGCCAGCGAGAAGGCGCAGGAGCCUUCGGGGAGGACUAGCCGGCAGGCCCCUUUUGGGGCUCUGAAGGACGAGAGCGGCAGUUCUUCACCACCAGGAGUGUUCCUUGAGAAGGACUAUGAGAUUUACCGGGAUUAUAAUGUGGAUGGCCACCUUCUUCACUACAGGACCUCUUCACUUCGGUGGAAUUCGGGCACCAAGGAGCGCAUGCUCAUCAAAGUUGCAGACCGGGAGCCCAGCUUCCUCUCCUCCCAGGGCAAUGGCUAUGCCCUAGACGGCCAGCCUGGCAGCCGCUCCCGCAGACCCUCAGGUGGGCAGCACUCGCCCAGCCUACAGACAUUCGCCUCGGACUCUGAUGGCCCUGUCUUCUUCCCUGAGCGUCGGCCUUCGCCCUUCCUGAAGAGGGCUGAACUCGGUAGCUGCUCCCCACUGCUGGCCCAGCCACGCAAGCCCACGAGCGACUCACAGCCCCCCUCCCCACGCUACGCCUAUGAGCCCCCACUCUAUGAGGAGCCCCCUGUGGAGUACCAGGCCCCCAUCUAUGACGAGCCCCCCAUGGAUGUCCAGUACGAGGCUGGCGGGGGCUACCAGGCAGGCUCACCCCAGCGGUCUCCAGGCCGCAAGCCACCCCCCUUCCCACAGUCUCCCAAGCAGGGCUCUGCCUCGCCCUACCAGCAGCUGGUGCUGACCAGGCAGAAGUGCCCCGAGCGCUUUCUGAGCCUGGAGUACAGCCCUGCAGGCAAGGAGUACGUGCGGCAGCUGGUGUAUGUGGAGCAGGCCGGCUCCAGUCCCAAGCUGCGCGCAGGCCCAAGGCACAAGUAUGCACCCAAUCCUGGAGGUGGCUCACUCCCCCUGCAGCCCAGCCCCUGCCUGCUGCGGGAUCAGCGCCUGGGGGUCUCCUCUGGGGACUACAGCAGCAUGGAGGGGCCUGAGCUGCGGCACGCCCAGCCACCCAUGCAGCUGCCCCAGGCCCAAGACGACGCUAUGUCCUGGUCCAGCCAGCAGGACACCAUGUCCUCAACAGGCUACUCCCCAGGCACUCGCAAGAGGAAGAGCAGGAACCCUUCUUUGUGCCACGCCCCCAGCACCUCGUCCACUGAAGGCCCCGGGGACCGUGACCUCCUCGGUGAGCAGCCCCUGGCUGAGGAGCGGCCUCUGUGUGGGCCUAGCCUGGCCCCAGUGAAGCGUGCAGAGGGCAAGACAGGCGAGGCCGAGCCUUUCCUGGCGCAGGCACGGCUGGCCUGGGAGGCGCAGCAGGCCCACUUUCACAUGAAGCAGAGGGGCAGCUGGGACUCCCAGCAGGAUGGCUCGGGCUACGAGAGCGACGGGGCUGUGCCACUGCCCAUGCCUGGGCCUGUGGUGCGUGCCUUCAGUGAGGACGAGGCGCUGGCCCAGCAGGAGAGCAAGCACUGGCAGAGGGGCGCCUUGGAGAGGCUUGCUUUCCCCCAAAUCCUACUCGAGAAAAGCGUCUCCGUGCAGACCAACCUGGCCUCGCCAGAGCCCUACCUUCACCCCUCACAGUCUGAGGACCUCGGCUCCUGUGCCCAGUUUGAGAGUAGCCGGCAGGCUCGCAGCGUCAUGCCCAGCGCUAGCUGUGUGUUCCCCACCUUCACUCUGCGCAAGCCGUCCUCGGAGACCGACAUUGAGAACUGGGCCUCCAAGCACUUCAACACGCAUACACAGGGCCUCUUCCGGCGGAAGGUGUCCAUCGCCAACAUGCUGGCCUGGAGCAGUGAGUCCAUCAAGAAGCCCAUGAUUGUAACCAGCGACCGCCACGUGAAGAAGGAGGCCUGUGAGAUCUUCAAACUGAUCCAGAUGUACAUGGGUGACCGGCGCGCCAAGGCUGACCCACUGCACGUGGCCCUGGAGAUAGCCACCAAGGGCUGGAGUGUGCAGGGCCUGCGGGACGAGCUCUAUAUCCAGCUAUGCCGGCAGACCACUGAGAACUUCCGCCUCGAGAGCCUGGCCCGCGGCUGGGAGCUCAUGGCCAUCUGCUUGGCCUUCUUCCCACCCACACCCAAGUUCCACUCCUACCUGGAGGGCUACAUCUACCGGCACAUGGACCCUGUCAAUGACACCAAAGUGACGCAGCAUAUGAAAGCGCUCCUGGAAAGGAACACUAAGAAGAAGUCCAAGUUGAGAAAGAAACCCAAGCCUUAUGUUGAGGAACCGGAUGGGGUGGCGAUAAGCACAUAUGCCAAGUACUGUUACCACAAGCUGCAGAAGGCGGCCCUGACUGGGGCUAAGAAGGGGCUGAAGAAGCCCAACGUGGAGGAGAUCCGGCAUGCCAAGAAUGCUGUGUUCAGCCCGUCCAUGUUUGGCAGUGCACUUCAGGAGGUCAUGAGCAUGCAGAAGGAGCGGUACCCUGAUCGGCAGCUGCCCUGGGUACAGACACGUCUAUCUGAGGAGGUGCUAGCGCUCAACGGUGACCAGACGGAAGGCAUCUUCAGAGUCCCUGGGGACAUUGAUGAGGUGAACGCCCUGAAGCUGCAGGUAGACCAGUGGAAGGUGCCCACAGGCCUGGAGGACCCCCACGUCCCUGCUUCGCUGCUGAAGCUGUGGUAUCGGGAGCUGGAGGAGCCCCUGAUCCCGCACGAGUUCUACGAGCAGUGCAUCGCGCACUACGAGAACCCCGAGGCCGCCGUGGCCGUGGUGCACGCGCUCCCCCGCAUCAACCGCCUGGUGCUGUGCUACCUCAUCCGCUUCCUCCAGGUGUUCGUGCAGCCCGCCAACGUGGCCAUCACCAAGAUGGACGUCAGCAACCUGGCCAUGGUGAUGGCGCCCAACUGCCUGCGCUGCCGAUCGGACGACCCGCGCGUCAUCUUCGAGAACACUCGCAAGGAGAUGUCGUUCCUGCGCGUGCUCAUCCAGCACCUGGACACCAGCUUCAUGGAGGGCGUGCUAUAGCACGUGGACCCCAAGGACCGAGGGUGGGGACAGAGCCAAGCUCGGGUGCGCCUGGGCAGGGGAGCACGCGGGGAGGGGGGAGGGAACGCCCCAGCCGCGGAGGCAGCAUGCCAGGCCCCGCCCAUGCCCGCCCCAGCCCUGGAAGCCCCCAACUUUCCCACCCAGGCCCUUGGCCUGAGGACGCAGCCGGGGCAGAGGGCGAGUGGGAAGAGCGCCUCUGGGCCCCCUCCCACCGCGCCGCCUAGUGGCCCGUUCCUUGGGCACCGCUUCGCCCACCGCCGGCCGGCCAGCCCCGAGAAAGUGCCUUCUGUUUCCUGGAGCCAAGUGACACUGCCCCUCCCGGCCGGCCUGAGAGCACACACCGCCCUCCCCCGGAGUGAGCUGCCUCGCUGGGGCUCCUGCGCUCAGCCUGGCCCUGGCCUGGCCCCUGCCCGGCUGCGCCUCUUUCCUCUGCCCCGCACUUCUCCUCGGUCUCCUUCCUGGCCUGUAGCCUCCAACACCCCGCACACCCCACCCGCACCCCGCCACCUGUGGCCUCCAUCGUCGAGACUGCACAGGAGUUGGGGGCCCCAGGGCACUGGGCUGUCCAUCACCAGAGCAGGGCCCGGCAGGCUCACUCUGGGUGGGGAGGGGCCCCCAAACCAAAGUCCUCUGGGGUGGGGGGCAGGGUUGGGCAGGCAUUCUUGGGGCAGGGUGGGGGAGGGGCAAGAGUAUUUUUUCUUCAUGUAACUAUAAAUUCAGAUUCUAUCCAGCACACCAACCCGCCUGUGUAUAAAGAUAUAGAGGGAAAGAUAUAAGAACUAAAUUUGCUAAUGACAUAGUUUUAACCCAAAUGCUAUUUAUCUCUGAGCCGUCCUAGCCUGUCCUCUGUGCAGAGCAAGUUGAUAUCACUCCAUCAUUUUCUUCGCCACUUUCUUGGCUUCUGACCAAAAACCAAACCCUGCCCCAUCCCCACGUGGGACCUGCAGUUGAAGAGGGAAGGGACCCCAAGCUGGGGAACCAGGGAACGCCCAGGAUUCCUCAAGGCCAGAGCUGGGGGUAGGAGGUACCUAGACUCUCAGUUUGUACAUUUUCCAUUUUGGAAUUUUGAGUUCCAAUUGUUAAACUUAAUUUCUCCCCAGUUUAUAUAUAUAUAUAUAUAUUUUUUUUAGAGUUGAGUUUUUAUUUAUUAUUAAAAACAAAAAAGCCCAGCCCUACCGCUGCCCGGGUGUCCCCUGAGGUAGCAUCCUCAGUCGGGUGGUCUCCGGGCCUGGGAUGGACGGCCCGGCCACAGACUCUCGCUCUGACGCAUGGACUCAAGAGGUGACAACACUUUGUGUGAAUAAAAUACAUAUGGACA